UUGGCCCAGUUGGUUAAGGCGUGGUGCUAAUAACGCCAAGAUCAGCAGUUCGAUCCUGCUAGGGACCAGUCAGGGCGUGUGGCGCAGUUGGUAGCGCGUUCCCUUAGCAUGGGAAAGGUCUCCGGUUCAAAUCCGGACUCGUCCAAUUUUUUUGAAACGAGACAUCUAGCUGAUGAAGCAGAAGAAAGACUACAGAACAGUUUGCAAGCUUGCCCCGAGCUGAAAACGAAAUGCAGAUCCGAAAGACCUGUCGCCAAGUUAUGUUCUUUUACAAUUUAUUGUAUCUGUGAGAAGCCUGGUGCUCCUUAACGUCAC